GACGUCACCAAGCGCCUCAGCGAGAAGCGUCAGUGCGCCGGCCGGCCGCAGGAGCCGGACGCCAUGUCACGCGAGCAGGUGCUGGCCGAGAAGCUGGCGCUGCAGAAGGCACUGCUCUGUCUGGAGGAGCUGCACGGCCGGCCGGCCGAGAAACACGACCGGGACGUGGUGCGGCCGCUGUACGAGCGCUACCGUCUCAUCAAGAGGCUCGUCGUCAAGUCCGGCUCGCCUAAGCUGCGGGACUCGAUCGGCGAGCUGACGCCGAUCCUCGAGCACGAGACGAUGACGUUUACGGCCUCGGACCGGCCCGCCAUCUCGGAGCGCGACGACGAACUGGAGCCGUGCGGUCCGGCCGCCGGCGGCGCCACCGAGCGUCUCCAGCUCGACGACAACCUCCACAACCUGCCUGUGUCCGAGCUGCGCGACCAGCUGAGCCGCGCCAAGGACGAGAAGCGCCGGCUGCGCGGCGUGCUGCUGGUGUUCGAGGAGAACUUCCGCUCCAGUGUCGGUCGGAAGGUACAGAAGGACGACCGCGGCGAGAUGGACGACACCUACGCCGAGUACAAGCAGGUCAAGGCCAAGGUCAAGCUGUUGGAGGUGCUGGUGGCCAAGCACCGGUCGCGCUCGUUCACCAUGUGAGCCGGCCGAGCGCGCGGGUGCGACGCAGACUGGGGGCUGGCCCCGGCGACAGAGGGCUGGGCGGCCGCCGCCGCCGCCGCCGCCGCCGCUGCUGAACGCUGGGAGUGCGGCCGGACCGCGGCAGCUGUGUGGGCGUGUGUGUGUGUGUGUACAUAGACGUACAUUGGGCGCUGUGCUCUGGGAGCUGUGAAGCCGCGCCCGGCGGAGCGGCCGCCGCCGCGCGCCGGCCGUUGUUGUGGCGCGCGGCCGAGCGGACGGCGUUGUUUUGGAGGACGUUGGGCGGGCGGCUGCGGCACGCGCCGCUGUGUUGUACCUGCAGUGCUGACCGGACCCGGCACCAGGCGACGCCGACCGGACGGCCGUAGUUAUCGUAUGCGUAUUAUUUAUUAUACAGGCGCGGCCCUGAGGGCGAGGCGCCGGGCCGGCCGUCUCGCUGGCGGCCAAAUAUCAUCGACAAAUACACUGAG